GCUAACUGGCGAUCCUGGUUGGGCUUCGGGAGCGAGCGCGGACUCGCUGAGCCCCGCGCAUGGAGCUGGUGGUUAGGUACACAGCCCCAAGCAUUCAGCGAGCGCCAGAUUGCAGCCUGCUUGACCCGUUCCGCGCGGAUGCACGACACUUGCCCUAGACGACAGACAUUCACUCUUGUUCUGCACUUCUGGAUCUUCUACCGUCGUACGCUUGCAUCGUGAUUGUCUAAACUGGGCUAACGUUCAUCGCUCGGAGAGAACAUGAGCCGCGACGAUGCGUCUUCUAAAGCGCUUGCAGAGCGGCGGCUUUGAGCUGGUGUCUCUAAGCAAUGACGACCCUCCCCGGUACGCUAUCCUCUCGCACACUUGGACUGAGGGUCAAGAAGUGACGUACAACGAGCUGGUGGCGGGUACAAGCAAAGACAAGACUGGCUACGAUAAGAUACGGUUCUGCGGCGAUCGAGCUGCAGCGGACGGCUUCGACUACUUUUGGGUCGAUACCUGCUGCAUCGACAAGUCUACCAGCGAUGAGCUCAGUACGGCGAUCAAUUCCAUGUUCCGCUGGUACCAGCGUGCAUCCAAAUGCUACGUGCACCUAUCAGAUGUGUUCGUGCCAGACGAGAUCAGUGACGCCGAAGCCUUCCCCCUAGCGUGGCAGGAAGCCUUUCGACGGAGCCGAUGGUUCACGCGAGGCUGGACAUUGCAAGAGCUUCUGGCGCCGGCUAGUGUCGAGUUCUUCUGCAAGCAGGGCAAGCGGCUGGGUAGCAGAGUGUCGCUGGAGCGGGAAAUCCACGAAAUCACCAAGAUCCCUAUCGCGGCUCUGAGAGGACAAAGCCUCAGCGAGUUCAGCGUCGCGGAUCGAAUGAGCUGGGCAGCCAGGCGCACGACAACGCUGAAGGAGGAUAAAGUGUAUUGUCUGUUGGGCAUCUUUGGUGUGUUCCUGUCGCUCAUAUACGGAGAGGGCGAAGCAUACGCAACGCUACGGCUGAAGGAGGAGAUACAGAAGCGGCAGGGGGGGCGAGGAACCGGCAACUCGCGUAACUUGUCCGUCUUCUCGUCACUACCUUUUCCACGAAAUGAACUGUUUGUUGGACGAACGGACGAACUCCGAUCUCUCGAACAGCACGUCCUCGUCUCUAACACCCACCGGCGGAUGACAAUAUAUGGAUUGGGAGGAUGUGGGAAAUCAGCGCUUGCCAUCGAGUUUGCAUAUCGCGUCCUGGCAACGCACGCUAGACUGGUGUUCUGGGUGCCUGCCAUCAGUCAGGAGAGCUUCGAACUUGCGUACCGCAAGAUCGGAGUCCGCCUCCGCAUCCCAGGAAUCACUGAUGAUAAUGCAGAUGUGAAAAAGCUUGUUCAGGAGACGCUAAGCUCAGAGGGUGUAGACGAUUGGCUAAUGAUCGUCGACAAUGCUGAUAAUCAUGAAGUGCUACUUGGCGACACGAACAGCAACUCGAAGUCAACUCGAUUAAGCGACUACCUCCCACGCAGCGAUAGAGGCGCGGUACUUUUCACGACGCGGAGCAGGAAGAUGGCUGGAGUUUUGACGCCGAGCAGCGUCUUAAGGCUGAAUGACAUGAGCAAGGAGGAAGCUAGACAGCUGCUAACACGACGAACAGCGCAGCAGGCGUUGCGUGACGACGAGGCGGCUGUUGACGAACUGCUGGAGACACUCACAUGUCUACCACUUGCUAUCGUGCAGGCAGCCGCUUUCAUUAACAACAACGAUGUGUCUGUAACCGGCUACCUAUCCUUGUUUCGAGAUACUGGUACACAGAUCGAGCUCCUCAACGAGGACUUCGCAGACCCAAGCAGAUACGAUGAGUUGGACAGCACGAUCGCGAAAACGUGGCACAUCUCCUUUGAUCAGAUACGCAAGCAAGACCAGCUUGCUGCAGACUACCUCUCGUUCAUGGCAUGCAUCGGCCGCAUCAAUAUGCCCCAGUCGCUAUUACCUCCCGGAGCCUCUUCAGUGCAGCAAGCGAAAGCGCUGGGAACACUGACAGGGUACGCGUUCAUCACGGAGCGUCUACAUACCGUACAAGAGUCAGACGGAGACAGAUUCUUCGACAUGCACCGACUGGUGCACAUGGCGUCUGUCCGGUGGCUAGAUAGACACAAUGAGCGGGCAACCUGGGUAGACGCAGCGGUAGCACGGCUUGAAAAGCUAGUACCGUACGGCGGGCAUGAGAACAAGGAGGUGUGGACGGCGUACCUGUCGCACGCGGUCCAUGUGGCUGGAAGCUACAGUGUAGUAGGCAAAGCAGCCAGCGCUUCGCUUCUGGAUCGCGUAGGGCGGUGUCAAUCAAGCCUCGGGCAAUAUUCGGCAGCAAAGACAACGCACGAACAAGUGUUAUCGGCGAGAGAGAAAGUGCUUGGGCUUGAGCACCCAGACACGCUGACGAGCAUGGGCAAUGUAGCGCUAGCACUCAGCAGUCAGGGAAAGUACGCUGAGGCAGAGAAGAUGCAUCGCGAGACGCUAGCGCUGAGAAAGAAGGUGUCAGGAGAGGAGCACCCAGGCACCCUGACGAGCAUGUACAGCCUUGCUCACCUUCUUGCAAAGCAGCUUCGCUACGAUGACUCUCGCUUUUUGUAUGAACAAGCAUGCGCUGCAUACGGCACUGUUCUUGGAGAGGACCACCCGACGACUCGCGCUUGUCAUCAACACUAUCGCCAGCUGCUCGCGUUGCAAGAGCAGAACCGCGUCUCUUUUCAUUCUGGAAGGCCGGAGAGUACUGAAGGUAUGCGCACGAGUAGAAAAUCAAGGAUAGUACGUGGGCUAGCGAAGGUUGGUAUCAGAACAUCAAAACUCCACACAGAGUAGGCAAACGUUGCCUGUAUACAAUAGAAUCAUCUACCAAAGAACGACUGUUUAUUUAUA